AUGGCCCCCGUUCCGUUCAAGUCGAGCGCUGCUCAGAAGGGCGAGAACCACUUCGACCUCAUCGUCAUCGGCGGCGGCUCGGGUGGACUCGGUGCCGCUCGUCGCGCAGCCCAGUACGGUGCCCGCGCUGCCAUCGUCGAGGAGACGUGGCGCCUCGGCGGCACCUGCGUCAACGUCGGCUGUGUCCCCAAGAAGGUCUCGUGGCACGCGGCCGACAUCGCCGAGAAGCUGCGCCAGGCCGAGGCGUACGGCUUCAAGGUCCCCGAGGGCUCGGACAAGAUCGACUGGCCCAUGUUCAAGCAGAAGCGCGACAAGUACAUCGAGCGCCUCAACGGCAUCUACGAGCGCAACGUCGAGAAGGACAAGGUCGAGUACAUCACGGGCCACGCCAAGUUCGCCGGCAAGGGCAAGAUCACGGUCGUCCCGACGUACCCGGAGAGCAAGGCGCACGGCGGCGCCGACGUCGAGCGCACCUACACGGCCGACCGCUUCGUCAUCGCCGUCGGCGGCGCGCCGACCCUGCCCAAGGACAUCCCGGGCUACGAGUACGGCUUCCACUCGGACGGCUUCUUCUACCUCGAGGAGCUGCCCAAGCGCGCCGUCAUCGUCGGCGCCGGCUACAUCGCCGUCGAGCUCGCCGGCGUCCUGCACACGCUCGGCGUCGAGACGCACCUCGUCAUCCGCCACGAGAAGAUCCUCAAGGCGUUCGACCCGAUGCUCCAGGACGUGCUCCAGGACCAUAUCGUCAAGACGGGCAUCCACGUCCACACCAACUCGAACGUCGAGAAGGUGACGACCGACGUCGAGAACCCGGACCUCCACAAGCCGUUCCCCAAGACGGUCUACACCAAAGAGGGCGAGAAGAUCGAGACCGACGUCCUCCUGUGGGCCAUCGGUCGCCACUCGCUCACCGACAACAUCGGCGCCGAGACGAUCGGCCUCGAGCUCGAGAAGAACGGCGACAUCCACGUCGACGAGUACCAGGCCACCAAGGUCGAGAACGUGUUCGCCAUCGGCGACGUCGCCGGCAAGGCCCUCCUUACGCCCGUCGCCAUCGCUGCCGGCCGCCGCCUCGCCAACCGCAUCUACGGCGGCGUCGAGGGCGACAAGCUGUCGUACGAGAACAUCCCGACGGUGGUCUUUUCUCACCCGACCAUCGGGACCGUCGGCCUCACGGAGCCCGAAGCGCGCGAGAAGUACGGCGACGACCAGAUCAAGAUCUACAAGUCGACGUUCACGGCCCUGUACUACUCGAUGAUGGACCCGGACCACAAGGAGCCGACCGCGAUGAAGAUGAUCUGUGCCGGCCCGGAGGAGAAGGUCGUCGGCCUGCACCUCAUCGGCCUCGGCAGCGACGAGAUGCUUCAGGGCUUCGCCGUCGCGAUCAAGAUGGGCGCCACCAAGCAGCAGUUCGACGACACGGUCGCCAUCCACCCGACGUCGGCCGAGGAGGUCGUCACCAUGCGGUAG